CGCCAAAAAACGGCAACCCUAACAUUCUCAUGUGGUUCUAAGGGAGCGUCGCUUCCACAAACGCUUUCAGAUUUUCCUAAAAUAAUGAAGAUUUGACAAUGGCUAACAACACCGAAAAUGACAAGAAAGAGGUUUCAGAAGUUGUUAAUAAUCGACUUUCCGUCGAAUCGAAAGAAUCUUCCUAUAUGGGAUUCGACAGAGGUAUUGACUCAGAUAUAGAGAUAGAACCUCGAAAUGAGGAACACCCCACUGCAAGAUGCUCAAGUGAACCACACCUUAAGAAGCGUCUGCCGCUCACGCCAAAACUCGCGAGGUGGGAAAGCAUGGAUCCGCCAGAAUCAGGAGAAUCACAAACAUUAGUUGAAGCAGAAGUGAAAAUUGAAGAAAAUGGAACAGCAUUUAAUUCGAAUCAAAUGAAGAAUCCUGAACAAGAAAACCUGAUGAAGAAACAAGGAGUGUCUCCACUGGUGACAGAGAUUCAGAAAGUGAUUAUCAAUCACAGAAUACCUGAUCCUGGCAACUGUUAUCCUCCUGUAGCACAACACAACUCUGGUGAUUCCAGUAUAGGACCAGUUGGCUUUACAAAAUAUAUUCUAGUUCAACACGGAUCUAGAAAGUAUACAAGUGACUCUUUCCUGCUCAUGUUAAGUGGAAUUUAUGCCAAACUUCUUAUUGUCAUGGGUAUUUGUUUUCCCGUUGCCGAAGUUAUAUCCAAAAGAAUCCCAGUCACCUACUAUGAGGGAUUUUACUUGUAUUUAUAUGGAGGGAGCAUCGCUUUCUUAAUUUUCAUGUACUGUUUCACUCUACAUAGUGAAAGAUGUUGCAAAAUAAAGUCUCUGUUUUGCUUCAGUUCCAUAACAAUAUCUUCGAAUUCAAUAUCUCAAUCAGUUGAAGAAACCAACAGCAAUCCCAACAGCCUUAAAAGUCUAAAUCAAACAUCGAAAAUGAAUAAACUGUCAGAAAAUAAGGAAUCGAAACACUUUUACUUGAGAUUAGGAGCUGUUGCAUUUGGUAUUGCGAGUAUGAUAUAUUCUGGGCUAGAAUUUGGUCAAUUUUUAGAGUUACAACCUGGAUCCAGUUGCUAUAACGUGCUGUAUGGAAUCAGUCCACUUACUAGAAUGGCUUUUACAUUCAUUCAAAUGUAUUUUAUCUUUUUGAAUUCAGAGGUUUGUAUUCGAAAAUACAAGAGUCUUGCAAGAUUUGGAUUAAUGCAUAUGGUUGCGACUAACCUUUGUAUUUGGUUGCAUGUUCUUGUACAGGAGACUAAACAUGGAAUUUUAAAUGUAAUCAAUGUCAAUUUUACAUUACCACUGACAUUUUCAGUUCCACUAAAUAUGAUUGCAGAAGUUGCUAAUGAAGAAAAUUUUACCGACUAUGUAUUUGAAGAGGUUUCAAACAGUACCAGAGGAAAUCGUUCAGUUCGGGAAGAUAUUGCUUCAGUUAUCCUCGAGUGCAGGCGAUCUAAUAUAAUGGGAGAGCUUGUGCAAGAAGCAAGUCACUUUUUGUUUCCUUGUACAAUUCAGUAUAGUUUAAUAUGUUCAGCAAUUUUAUACAUCAUGUGGAAAAACAUUGGGAAGCAGCAAAAAUCUACCAAAAGCAACAUGACUGCAAGUCACCAUUCAUCUUACAGUGCACUGCAGCGACAAUAUAAUCAAGUUUAUUGCACAAAAUCAAACAAAGGACUAUUUUCUGGCAUUUUAGUUCUUGUGCUUUCAAUCAUAAGUAUUAUUUUAUUUUUUGUCUUCAUAAAUAAAUCUGAUUAUAAAAUGUUUGCUAUAAUGGAAGCUAAAGUUACUGAGCUUGGUUUGUAUCUUUUAACUUCAGUAGCUGUGUGUAUAGCCUUGCUACAAACUCGAGAAUUAAAAUAUAGCGCACAACUGGACACAGAACUAGAUCGUAUACUCUUAAUUGUUUCUCAAAGUGGGUUAUAUCUUUUUACUAUGUUCAGUAUUAUUGGGAGUUAUUUCACCACCGACCAGAAUACAUUGCUUGUUCUGGUUACUUCCUUAGCUUGUAUAACUCAAGCAACAUUGCAAACUAUUUUCAUAUUGGAUGCAUUUCAUUGUUCAGCUACAACUACAGAUCAGGUGCGGCGUAUGCCUGGGCGAGAAUUGGUUACCUUUCUUUUAGUUUGCAAUAUUGCCACUUGGAGCAUGAAUACUUUGCAAGCACAAAGGUCUGAUUCAAAUCCAAUACAGCUCCAGUUUUAUGGUUUUUGGGUAUGGACUAUUAUUACUCACAUUACUACGCCCUUAGCGAUAUAUUUCCGUUUUCAUUCUACUGUUUGCUUGUGCACCAUCUGGAAAAGAACAUAUAAAAUAAAGUUUGACUAUGUCUGAACCUUAUUGAAUACACCUAUAAUCGAUAUCAAAAUUCAUGUGAGAUAGCCUUUCAUUAAAAAUCUCAAUUUCAUUCAUUCAUUAAGGAUUUUUUUUCAAAAAUAGCAUUUUUAAGAUAGUGAAGAAAAAAAACUGAAAAUUUUUUAAUAUUGAUGUUGCCAGAAAUGUUUGAUGCAUCUAAACAUCUUUUUUGCAUAAAAACAUUAUACUAUAAAUUUUCAAAACUCAAGGUCUAUUUCAAUUUUGUUAGUGCUACUAACAUUGAAACUUAUUAAUUUCUUGGUUAAGGAGGAUAGUUUCUGAGCUUUUCAUAAACGCUUAAUCAUAAGUAAGCAUUUCAGGCGUUUCUCACCUUUAUUUUUUAUUUAUUUAAUAAGCAAAACUAUCCUAGUAAUAAUUUUGGUAAGCUUACAUUUUACAUACUGCAUUUUACAUUCAACACUGCAAAACUCAAAUUCAUUACCCCUAUAUGUUUACUUGUUUAAUUGUAAAAUGUAUAUAAAGUUGUAAAUGAAUGGGUUUGAGGUGAUUUUAACAAUAGCAGUGUUAGCUGUAAAGAGUUAGAAAAGAUAUUGCUCAGCUAUUGUAGACAUAGUAAUUCUGUUUUGGCUUUAAAAAAAUCCUAGUGAAGUGUUACAAUCUAUUAUUAUUUCAAUUCAACUCAUUACUUCAUUGUGCAACCAUAUUUGAACUAUUAUGAAGUAUUGAUGAAUGAGUUGUCAAUUUGAAAAGGUAGACCAUAACUUAGGUCAAAACACAAUAAUCGUAACAUGCAAGUCAUUUCGGGUAGAAUUAAAACUAAUUAUUUCAUAAAUAAACUGCUUAUUUAUUAUUCUUUAAAUUACUUAUUUUUAUCAAAGUACUUAUUUAUUAUUUUUCUUAAAAAAAAGUACUUUCCCAUGAAACAAGUUUGCGAAAAGGGAUGGAGUCCUUUUAAGAACAAGGAGUAUAAAACUAGACUGAUUUGCAUUAUUAAGAAUUUUAUUUUAAUGCCCUUGAUCUAGUUAUAAUAAACAUGCUCAGAAUAACAAAAAGAGAAGAAAAAUAUGUGCAGAAAAUAUAGGGAGACAAUAUUUCUUCUUUAAUAACUAGUUAAUAAUUUUAAGGAGUAGAUGAUUUUUGCUUCUAGUAGUAUUAGAAUAAUAUUACUUUUCUUUUUUAGUUCUAUACUUGAACAAUUUGUAAAAGUGCAAUUGUAUGGGUGAUUGAGUACAAAAAUAUGUGUACAAUUGGGCCCUUAUGUCCAGCUUAUCGGGUACCAGCUAUUUUUGCAGUUUUUUUUACAUUUUCUUUGUGGGAUGCAUUGAAAUCAAAUCCCCUUAUUAUAUAUUUAUAUAUCUCUUUAAAAAGUUUUCUCUGCACUAUUCAUAACAAUGUUCAAUCAUAUGUGAUAACAUGAUCAAUGCUGAUGCUAUGUACCUCUAAAAUAUACUGAUGUCUGCUUUACUCUUACUCUUAUAACAUAAUUAUUUUCAUUCCUCUGCAAAUUUUUUAAGAACUGUCUUCAUAAAUUUUUUUAUUUUAUCAUCAAAAUCGUUUUUCAUAAUUAUUUUUUAAUGUUCAUCAUAUAUAGUGUCCAUUGUACAAACUAUGUAUUUAUAUUGAAAUUAUCCACAGUAUUUACUGUAUACCUUUAAAUACUUAUUUAAACUCUUCCAUUUAAACCAAUUUAGUAUUAGCCAAUUAUUUAAACCAAUUUAGUAUUGCUAACAUCUUAUUAUCAAAUCAAUCAAUUUAUUUUUGCUUAUUUUACAUUAAAGUUAAAAACUAACCUUUUUUAAAAGUCUGUUAAAGCACUGAUGCAGACUAUUUGCCUCUUUAAAUUUUGAUCGCGUCUUUGUUCUUAGAGGGUACAAAAUAUUUGGCAAGUGUCUUUUGAACUGUCUUUACAUGAUAAGAUAAAGAUUUAUACUGAUAAGAUCAUCAGUGAUUUACAACAAACUUUUAGUUUGAUUUAGUAAAAAUAACAGUUAAUAUCUACUAAAAAUUUAAUGUGUAUAACUAUUAUCUAGGUAGACACUCCUUUCUGUGAUCAUUAAGUGAAAAAUGUGAUUUCUAACCCGAAUAUGUAUUGAGAAAAAGUUAAUUAAUUUUCCAUUUGUUGUAAGAGAAGUUGCAUUAACAUCAAUACCAGAUUUUUUCUUAAGAUAACUGGCUUUUCCAGUUAAAUGUUAUCACCUAUCAUCAAUAUUGUUAUUAGCAACCGAGCUAUACAGAUAAGUACAAAUUUUAUAUAAGGAAAUGAAGGUUGAAAAGGGUUAUUGCAUUGAUCAUUGAGUAUUUUUUGUUACAAUGUAAAUAAAAAUGCUAAAAAUUUUUCAUAUUUUCCCUAAAAAAUGUUCUGUUUCUUUGAAUUUAGGAGAAAAAUCAUUCAGUAAAAUGAUUUUGAGCAUCAAAGAUUAAAAUAAGUUUUUUUUUUUUUUAACCAAAAAUGUUCAAUUUAGUUCCUAUUUACGUUUGAUAUUGUGUAUUUAAAUAAAAAUGUACUAUUGUAUGGUUUUUGAGAGGCAAAACUGCUUUGUAAGAUAUAUAAACUUUCAUCUCAUCAUAUUUGCUCAUGGCAUAUGUUGAUUCAUGCUGAAUUGUCACACAAUUUCUUGUUAAAACUCACUUAAUUGUUGUACUAAUUUGAACUUAGUUUUAUUAUUUUUUGGCCAUGAAUUUCAAAGUGCCAUAUUUCGUCUAGCUAAUUUUCUUAUGCUAGUUAAUGUUUUUAUUUCAUAUUUAUUGCUUGCAAAAAAAGUUGUACAAGCAAAUGUAUAAAUUGAUCUUUAUGUAAGUACAGGGUAUAAUUAAGAUGUACAUUAUUAUUUGUGUCUAUUGAGUGUCAAAACAGUUUAUACAAUGGCUAUUUAUAAUUUCAAUUAGUAAAAUCUUGUAAAUUAUACAUUUAAAGUGAAACCUUUGCAAGUUAGCGAUUCAUUGUACUGCACUUCAGUGGUUAACUUAAAAAGAGUUAAAAAUAAGAAUUCAUUAAUGGAUUUCAAAAACUUCAAAUUAUUAAUUGAAAGAAAGAAAAAUCCAGCCAACUUUCAUAUAUUGUUUAACAGCACUUAAACACGGCAAGGAGUACUGCUAAUCAGUGCUGGUGGAAGAUAUCGUUGCGCUCCCAGAUGAUGCUGAAAACGGUGCCCUUAACUAAAUUUUUGAAAAGGAAUAUUUUUUUAAAAAAAAUCUUUUAAUUGUCUUGCUGGAGUAGUCAUAACUGUAGAGAAAUACUUUUUUUUAUAUUUUAAAUUUCAAUAUUUCUAUCAAAGAAUGAUAAAAUCUAUAGUAAUCCUAAAUGUUGAUUUGGAAAGUAUCUGAGCAAGAUAAAUAACAAUUAAUGCAUUCAAAGUUAAAAUAGAAAACCGUUAGUCUAAUUAAUGAGAGUAUCAUAUUUUUUAAAGAAAAAUCUUUUAAUUGUCUUGCUGGAGUAGUUAUAACUGUGGAGUUUGGUGGAGUAGUCAUAACUGUAGAGAAAUACUUUUUUUUAAUUUUAAAUUACAAUAUUUAUAUCAAAGAAUUACAAAAUCUAUAUUAAUCCUAAAUGUUGAUUUGGAAAGUAUCUGAACAAGAUAAAUAAAAAUUAAUGCAUUCAAGGUUAAAAUAGAAAACCGUUGGUUUAAUUAAUGAGAGUAUCACCUCAAGUAUUCUAGAAUUAAUAUUUAUUAUAGAUAACUUUUUUAACGAGUAUAAUAUAUAACUUAAAUACAACGUUCUUGCUUAACGAGUAUAAUACUAAAGUUAUUCUUUAAGUAUUUCUCGAGAGAUUUAUAAAAAUUUUAAAAACUGAAAGUGUCUCUUCUAUUAUUGUAGAAUGAUGUAUGUUACUGGUUUGAUUAAAUUCAGACUUCAGUAGCUGAAGUAAUUGGAAAUCCUUCUAAAUAUGCUUUACAAUACAUCUUUUUAAUAUAGGAGGUGAGUUUCCAUUAGCUAUUUAGAGAGAAAUAGUUUCUAUUAAUGAAGAUGUUAGGAAUCCAUUAAUGCAACAUAAUUAUCAUUGUAACAACAUGCAACAUAAGUAUCAUUGGUCUCAGAUGUUCACUGAAAAAAUUGGCAGUCUUAUCUUUAAAUGUUAGAAACUAACAGAUAUAAUUUUUCUUCUUAUGUCUAAUAAACUGUUUAAGAUUUGCUACAUAAAAAGUUGCAAAUUUCAGCAAUGUGUGAAAUUUUGCUCUAUUACUCAAACCAUAUUCCAUAAUCUUUUCCAAUCGCGUUAUGUAGAACAAAAAGUUUUAUAUCUUAAAAUAUUUUUUUAACUAUUGUUACGACCAUUUUUAAUAUAAAAAAACAUGUAGUCAUGAAAUGUAUAAUGAAAAUAUAAAAUUUGAGAGUGAUUUUAAUUAAAUAUUAUGUAGUUUGUGGUUUAGGCAUUUUUAAUCUAAGUGGACAAUUGAUGAUGAGUUACUGCACUGUGUGCAAUUUUUUAAAUGUAUUUGUGAGAUGGAAUAUGUAAAAAUAUAUUUGUCUAUUGUGGAUCUGCCUUUUAGUUGCAUGUUUCUACAUUUUUUACAUUGUAUAUGAUUGGAAUCAGUUUUGUAAAAGUUUUAUACACAUUUUUACCAUAUACAAAUGUAUUUUUUGUAUUUUUAUACUUUUUUUUGAUGAAUAAAACACGUUUUUGUGGAGUACAUUC